CUGGAGUCGGAGCCAUGGCCGCUGCGGACUCCCGGCAGCUCCAGCUCGGGGGGUCCGCAGCCUUCCCAGCCUACGGCUCCCCGCACGCCGUCGCCGCCUUCCCUCCGCCCCCGAGCCCCGCAGGCCAGCUCGUCGCGCCGGCCCCCGGCCCCGAGCGCAGCGCUCCCGCGGACCUGGUGGGCUUCCUGGGGGGCGACUCUGGGCGUGUCGCGCCGCCCCCUGCCGGCCCGCACCAGCACCCGGACCAGCACCCGCACCAGCACCCGGACCAGCACCUGCACCAGCACCCGCACCAGCACCCGGACCGGCACCUGCACCAGCGCCCUCACCAGCACCCGCACCCUCACCCUCACCAGCACCCGCACCGACACCCGGACCAGCACCCGCACCAGCACCCGCACCAGCACCCUCACCCGCGCCCGCACCCGCGCCCACGCCCGCAGCCGCCGGCCGCCCCGUCCAUGUCGCAGCGCCGCAAGCGCACGUCGUUUAGCCCCGAGCAACUGCGGCUGCUGGAGCUCGUCUUCCACCGGACCAUGUACCCCGACAUCCACCUGCGAGAGCGCCUGGCCGCGCUCACCCUGCUCCCAGAGUCCAGGAUCCAGGUGUGGUUUCAGAACAGACGUGCCAAGUCAAGGCGACAGAGCAGCAAGUCCUGCCACCCUUCAGCCAGCCCAGAGGAGCUCUUUCUCCACCACUCUGCACCCCCUGUACCUCCUGCACCACAGGGAACUGAAGUAGAGCCCUUAAAGCCCCAGCUACCCCUGGAGGAAGUGGGGAACUGCCUGCCCCAGCCCAGCAGGAUGGAAGCAGGUAUCACUGACCCUAAUUACCUAGGUCUGAAUUUUGAAACGUAUUCUCCCCUCCCGGAAGAUAUUGGUUCCAAGCUGGACUUUUGGGAGGAGCAUAUCUUUUCUGCUUUUGGCAACUCUUGAGCCUUCCCAUGGGCAAUUCAGGACAAGUUCUGAGGAGUCGUGACUGACAGCCAGGGACACAUCAGAAAACUCUUGUUGUUGACUUCCGUAUUAAGGACACACAUCCAUGCUAGCCUCAUGGUGGAAUUUCUAGCCAUCUCUCACCUGGGAAGCUCUUGUUUCAAGAGUUGUUAACCUCUCCAUCCUCAACUUUUAGAGAAUUAUUGUUCUUUUCAGAACUCUGUAGUAGCCUCCGAUUUGAUAGUGUACACAAAUCUUGCAGUCACUGUCCCAGACCAGAUCACUGACAUCCGGUAGACUCCAAGGCAGCUCUGCAGGUCUGAGGGUCACCCUUCCACACUUUAUGCCUGUCUCAAAGGGACAAAGUGCUUAUCUCCCACUUAUAAGAUAUUUCCUUUGUUCUGAAGUCUGAAAUGUUCUCUGAUUUUUGUACCUGUUAUUUCAAUCAUUUCAGUGACACC